ACAGGUAUACUGUCGGUCGUCUGUAGUAAUUUCUUGCAAUGCCCUGAAAUGCAAGGACAAUACUCCAUACAACUGUCUCUGCCUUAGCGUGCCACCUAUUCUUUCUUCUUCCUUCAACUCUGUCUCCUUUCAUUCUUCUACAGCGUACGUUUUAAAUUACCACAACCAUUUCUAUAUACACCUCAAGUAAUCCCUCGUCCCAAACCCUAACCCUUGAAUUCCCUUCAAAUAACAUGAAUUACAACACAGAUUCAAAUCCAUAUUUCCAAUACGAUCAUCAAUCUUAUCAUUUGCAAAACCCUAAUUUCAUUCCUCAUAAUCAAUUUACUACUACUACUACUCCUGCUGUGGGUGCUGAUUCACAAGCCUCUGCUCCUCCUAUUUCGUCUGAUUACUCCCUUGAUUAUUCUGGUUACUAUGAUGAUUCUCCGGUUUUGCAACACACUGAUCACCGUUUCCACCAAUUAACCCCUAAUCCUGAUUUUAGUCGGAAUCAGAAUACCGAAAUUUUCGGUAAUUCUGUUCCACCGUUUUUGAAUGAGGCUAGUUCUUAUUAUAAUGAUCAGAUGAAUGGGGUUUAUGGAGGGUUUGGUGGUGAUAGUGGGGGGAAUGUGGAGGGUUAUGGCGGUGGGUCUGGAGUGGUUUUCGAUGAUUAUGGGAGGCCUAUUAGUGCUCCGAAAGGGGAUAUAAAUGUUGCAAAAGGGAAUGAGAGAAAUGAAGUUGGAAGUUUUGGUGAUAUUGUGAGAGCUGUUCCGAAGGUUGAGGAUGUUGAGAAGGAAGUGAAUGAUGGUGUGCAGAAGUUUCGGGUUAAGAUGUUGUCGGAAGGUGGAGGGCAGAGCGAUAUGGAUGUGCUUUGUCAGAUUGGUUUGGAUGGAAUUCGGAUACUUGAUUCAGCUACAAAUCGGAUACUGAAAAUCUAUCAACUUGAGACUUUGACAAGAUGGGAAGUGCUGGAUUCUUAUAUAUUUGCAUUUUGGGUCCAAAGCUCUAUUGACAAUGAACCAAGACGGAUCAGGAUAAAAUCCAAUAGCUAUACUACAAGCAACCUUCUAGACACAGUCGCAGCAGCAAGCAUUCAGCUUAAAGAGAUGGCAGAAAGUAAUAAACCCUCCACUUCUAUUAAAGAAUCUGAUUCUGACAAGAAGAAAGGUUUGGCUGAUUGGAUGAAUUUGGUUAAGCCUGGCUCUGAGGAAAAAGAUCAUUGGGUUCCCGAUGAAGCAGUGACUAAGUGCACAAAUUGUAGAACAGAUUUUGGAGCUUUUGUUAGAAGGCAUCAUUGCAGGAACUGUGGAGAUGUUUUCUGUGACAAGUGCACCCAAGGCAGAAUUGCUCUCACCGCUGAUGAGAGUGCCCAACCGGUUCGUGUAUGUGACGGGUGCAUGGCAGAAGUUUCCCAAAGGAUGAGUAAUGCAAAGGAAGUGACUGCCAAAGUUACUGGGUUACGGAGUCACAACGACCUUGCAAAACAACUUCAGGAGGCAAUGGAGAAAAAUCGGAAGCCAUCAACAGGUGUCGUCAUGCCUAUUAGAUCUGAUACGGGAAUGAGAGAGGUUGAGUGUCCAACUUGCACGUUUCAUCUUCAGGUGAAGGUCCCAACCUCUGGUUCUAAAACUAUUGAAUGCUACAUCUGCCGGCACCCCUUCCUUAUUGGUGCUCCCUGAUGUGACUCUGACUCUGGCUCUUGACUAUUGAUUUCAACUGGCAAUUGCCAAUUGUCAAUUGUCAUGUAACAAUAUCAAGAUCCAUUUUUUGACAUUGCCCUGCUACAGUGUUACAUGUUUGUGUUUAAUGUUUUUCUGUCCAGUUCUCAGGGUCAUAUAUCUCUUUGCUUGGUAGAAAAAUAUAUUUGUUGAGGUUGUAAAAUCAAUAAUGAGUGCAAAUACUGAUGAGGUUGAUCAUUUGUGUUUAUAUAAUGUAGGAUGAUCGGAUAUGAUAAUAUUUAAUUAUGAUAAUAUUUCAUAUUGCCAGCCUGAA